AUGACUGACAACAGUCGCGACCUGCGCUCACUCAGUACCCUCGCGGGCAAAACCGUGAUCAUAACAGGCGGCGCAAAUGGUAUAGGAGCCGAGACUGUGAAGCUGUUCAACUCAUAUGGAGCGAAUACAGUCAUUGCCGAUCUUGAGCGCACUCGUGCUGCGGCCGAAUCGGUUAUUCGAUCCUUGCAGCAUCCCUCCUCUGCGCUGUUCAUCAGCGUCAACGUUCUCGUCUGGGAUGAAAUGAGAGCUCUUUUUUCUCAAUGCAUAUCGCACUUCGGUAAUAUCGACAUUGUGGUAGCCAAUGCCGGCAUAAUGGAGAGCACAAGUCUUUUCGAUAUCGAAAACGUCGAUGAACAGGGGGAAUUGCGCGAAUCAAUAGAAGGGUUUCGUGUGAUUGAUGUCAACCUCAAGGGAACCAUCAAUACGUUGCGGCUUGCACUGCAUCACAUGCAGCACAACGAACCAAGUUCUUCUGAUGGUCUGAGAGGAUCAGUAGUUCUUGUCACUUCAACGUCAGGAUAUUUCGGGACUACUGGCGUCGGUGCAUAUAUCACAUCGAAGCACGGACUCACAGGUCUACUUCGAGCAUCGCAACGAAUUGCUCGGGGUCUUACCAUCGGAGUCAAUGCUGUUGCUCCGUUCUUCACACCAACAUCUACGUUCAAAGAGUUGGCUGAGGAAUGGAAACGUUCGGGCCUUAAAUCGAAUACCCUAGGAGACGUCGCUCAGGCUAUCGCCCUUGCCGCUACACAGAAUGAAUCUGGAAAAUGCUACAUGGUUGCCGGGCGAAAGUCGGUAGAGGUCGAAAAUAGCAGAAGCGCACUUAUUGAACAAUGGCUUGGGCGAGAAACUGCAGGCUUGUUGGGGUCUGCUAGCAAGCUCUUUGAGGACAAAGGCUAUCCCCUGCCCAAAGGGCACGAGAAACCUUCGACUUAA